AUGAGCAUCUCAGAGGCGCGAGAGGCAUCCCAUAACCGGUUGUUUUCGCCCUCGGUAGCUCGGGCCAUUGCUGCUCAGCUUAUCCAAGCCGUUGCCUUCAUGCACUCUCGUGGUGUCGUUCAUGCAGAUCUUCAUGAGGCCAAUAUCCUUCUUCGGCUGCCCAGUUCUAUCGACAACCUUACUCCGGACCAACUCUAUAAGAGGUAUGGGCAGCCUGAGCUCGAGCAAAUAACACGGCUGGACGGAAAACCUCUGGAUCCGUGGGUGCCUACCUUUGGUGUCGUACCAAUCUGGUUUGGAGACGCCAGUGACACUAUGUCGCUCGCCGACUCACGCAUCUUCUUAAUCGACUUCAGCGAAUCAUUCCAGCCAGCAGUUGACAUACGACAAUCUUCUCACACACCCUUCGUAUUAAGAUCCCCAGAGAUACUAUUAGAGCCCACGGCACAGGUUUCCUUCCCUGCUGAGAUCUGGAGUCUUGCAUGCGCAGUCUUCGCUAUUAUAGGUCAGAGGCCCUUGUUCGAAACUUGGUUCCCAACGAGUUGGGCCAAUCGCAAACAAUGUUUCGAUGAUCAACUUCGAAGACUUGAUGGAUCGCCGCGUCGGUUGCUGGAAGACCGGUUGGAGGAUUCAAUCCAAGAGCCACGAAGACAAGCUGAAAUAUCAGAGAUGGACGAGGAAGAGAAGCAAGCGUUUCUUGUACUCUUGAAGUCGAUGUUAUCAUUCAGGCCGGACGAUCGACCUUCAGCGCAACAGGUACUUGAGUCUAGUUGGAUGCAGAAAUGGGCUCAACCGGCGUUUGAGUCGAUGAAGGACAAUCUCAAAACAUAA